UAAAGUUUGGACUUUUUAUGUGCCUUUUCAUUCAUUUGUUUUUUAUUAAUGCUAAUAAUAGAACUUCUGGAGCUAGUUCAAUCAAUGCGCUCUUACCGAGGUUUUCUUGUGGACUGAUUCUGUCCAUUUUUUUGUUGUUUGUGAAUGAGAGAUCCAGGUUGCUCCGUUUUUUGAUCCGUUCCUGAUUUGUUCCUGGACUCGUUUGAAUCCAUUACAUUAUUAGAUCUUGAUCUGCCAGUUUGUGCUGCACAGUUCAAGGGUUUGGACUUCAGGAACUGCUAGCUCGUGCUGCAGUAUUUGGAGGAUCCGGUCUCGUAGUCCAAUCUCCGCGUGAGAGCUACGGGCACGCCGCGAUGGACUUCGAGUACGUCCCCGCGUCCCCCGGCAGCAGCAGGUGGGCGGGCGAGUCAGCGGCGCGGCGGCGGCAGCGCCGACUCUCUUCGCCGUCGUUGAGGACCUACCUCACGCCGGCCUUUGACGCCGUGGCCGGUGGGGACGGCGGCGUGUCUGGGUACACUUCAUCGUCGUCUUCCGGCGGUCUCGAACUCGGGUUCGACGCCUCGCUCCUCCGCUACCGCCGCUCCUGCUUCGCCGCCUCCGCGGACCUCGACAGCCGCGUCCUCCUCUACUCCCCGCAGUCGGCGCCGCCGCCGCCGCAGAUGAGGGCGGGGUACCUGGUAGCGGAUGAUGGGGUUUGGGCACCUGGCGGUGGCCACUACGGCUCCAAACAUGAGGCUGGGCGGCUUACUGGCGCACCAGGUUUUCAGGAUUCAGAAAACCGCAUUUCUUUUGUCUCCGCGCCACAGACAAGUAGCAAUCUUCCUACUACAGUUCUCGGCGCCUCCACCUUGGCCAAGCUUCCUGCUGAACUCCAGUUGCCAGAGGGCAGCAUCGUAGCGACCAAUGCAGAGCUCCCAACGCCAGGACCAGACGCUACGCCUUCAGCUCUCAAGUCAUCUGCUGAUCCAGAACCUUCAGUGGAGGGCGAUGAAAUCAUUGAAGCUCUCUACGGUGACAGUGGUCGUCGCAGGCUGCCCAUUUUCAGGGAGAUCUGUCCAGAAUGAGUGUCAGCCUCAGCAUGCUGAACAUUGCUGAUGGAUGCAUUUCGGCUCUAGCUGUAUAUUCUGUUUAUCUAUCUUGUACCCAUAGUCUUGGUAGCUGGAGGAUUAUUUCUAGUUUGCUAAAGGAGAAUCUCUCUUCUAUUGAUCUCUUCAUUAAGUGAGAAAGCUAUGAUAUACAUUACUUGAGUAAGCCGGCAAUUGGCCCGUUUUGCUUGCCGUUGGUUGGAGGUGAACCUUAGCAUAUAUAUGAAUUUAGCCUUUUUUUGGCCCUGUGGAA